UCUUACAGAAAACAUAAUGAAAUCAUACUGAAGACAUCAAAGGGUUCAACAAAAUAUAUCUUUCUUGAAGGAAACACUGCAUUUUGUGCUCAAUAAUUCCUCAUAUUCCUGCUUUUAAACAAGAUGAUUCCUCUCGUGCUGAUGGCUGUAGCUCUCGGCAUCACCCAGGCCCUGGAUAACGGCCUUGCCAGGACCCCGCCGAUGGGAUGGUUGUCAUGGGAGCGCUUCAGGUGUAACGUGGACUGUGAGAAAGAUCCAGAGAACUGUAUCAGCGAGAGGCUUUUCAAAAAGAUGGCGGACCUGAUGGUGUCGGAAGGCUAUAGAGACGCAGGCUAUACCUACCUCUGCAUUGAUGACUGUUGGGCUGCUAUGGAGAGGGAACCCAACGGCAGUCUCGUCGCCGAUCCCAAGCGGUUCCCUAGCGGCAUCCGGGCUCUUGCCGACUAUGUUCAUGCAAAAGGCCUCAAAUUGGGGAUAUAUGGAGAUUUUGGGCGGAAAACAUGUGGAGGUUACCCAGGCAGCGAGUUUUACCUGCAGCAAGACGCCGAGACAUUCGCCAGCUGGCAGGUGGACCUUCUCAAGCUGGACGGAUGUCAGUCUGAACCCACAGACGAUGACAUAGGGUACCCUGUCAUGGAGUUCUAUUUGAACAGAACAGGACGCCCGAUCUUGUUUUCGUGCAGCUGGCCCGUCUAUCAGAUGGAACAUAACAUGACCACCAACUACACUUCUGUGGCGCACACCUGUAACACCUGGCGAAACUACGAGGACAUACAGGACAGCUUUGACAGUGUUCUUGACAUCCUGGACUUCUGGGGAAACAACUCUGGGGACUUCCUUAACCUAACAGGGCCAGGCAGCUUCAGCGAUCCAGACAUGUUGAUCAUUGGCAAUUUUGGACUGAGUCCCGGCCAAGAGCGCAUCCAGAUGGGCAUGUGGGCUUUACUGGCAGCUCCUCUGUACAUGUCUGUGGACCUGCGAAGCAUCCGGCGGGAGUCGAAAGAACUCUUACAGAACAAACGAGUUAUCGCCCUUAACAACGAUAAGCUAGGCUACCCGGCCAGAAGGGUUCUUGUCAGCAUCCAAAGGCACGCGGGAAGGUUCCAAGUAUGGCGGAAGAUGUUGUCUACCCCGGGUGCAUACGCUCUGGGCGUGGUCAACAGCAGUGACGAGGGAUGCCCCACGUGCUGAACACCACCCUGCUAGAGCUGGGCCUCACCAACCCUGGAGGUUACAAUGUCACUGAGGUCUUUGACGGAGCCGCCGUUGGCACCUUCAAACCGUCAGAUCCUUUCCUUGCACGAGUCAACCCCUCGGACAUUUUAUUGGUCACGUGCAC